AAAAAAGACCCAAAUCUGUAUAUAUUUGUUUAUAUCUCACAGUUACGUUAUUUUGAAUUUCUAUGGAUAGGCUUUUAGAUGUUAGUAUCCCGACUUUUGUCAUAAACGGAUUUUUAAUAAUAAAUAGUUUAGUUUUGUGGAUACAAGGAUUACUUCUAUUCUGUUGUGGUGUAUUGCUAUAUACUGUACUGAGGGACUUUUUCGUUGAUAAGACUGGUAUCAAUGAAGUUGGAACCUUCUGUUACUAUUGCUGUUGUACAGGAAUCGCCUUAUUGGCUGCUAGUUUUUUUACAGGUCAUGUUCUUUUCAACCAGAGUAUUAGUUAUUUUGGAAUUCUUGCUAUGACCUAUGCUUUGCUAUUAAUUUUUCAAGUUCUUUUCUUCAUUGCGGGGUUUUAUUAUACGGACAAACUUCAAGCUACGUUGCGUUUUGCCGUGAGCACCACUAUGGGGAAUUAUAAUGCCAAUAAUGAAAUAAAUGUCAUGUUGAACACUUUACAAUCUAUAUUCAGGUGCUGUGGUAGUACCGGUUAUACUUCUUGGUUUUUCACUGGUUGGGCGAAAGGUAAACCACGAGUUCCUGAAAGCUGCUGUAUCAACCUGAGAUAUUGCCAUAACUUAGAACCUGUUAUUGAUAGCGAAAUUCAUGUGAUUGGAUGUAACUCAAGAAUAGAUUUCCUGGCAAAGUCUAUGCAUGCUGGACUUCUUGGACUGUUGCUACUGGAUGUUAUUAUGGCGAUCUGUGCAAUCGUUGCAGCAGUAACAAUGUCCCUGCGAUUCAAACGAUUGAGAGAACUGAAUGCUGUAGUACCUAUAAUUCCAAAUUCUGAAAGUUCCUCAGCAGAUGCAACAACGCCAUCAUGGCAGCACCCCUACCCAAGUAGCAAAUCUAUAGGGAAUCUUGCAGCGGAUGCAUUGCGAACUAAACGAACUAUAUUCAAUGCAUGAAAAUAAAUUCAAUGUAAAAAAAAAU